AGGGGACUGUGAAAAUGAGUUUAAGGAAUUUAAGACAUGCCUGAUGAGAGCUGCUGCAAAAAAUAAUACAAAACUAUAAAGUAAAACUUUAUUUGCUAUAAAGAAUUGUUUAUUUAAGAAGAAUAUUUAAAUUCUUAAAAAUGAGUGAAUUUUUGCCAUUUAAGGCACACUGUGUAUUAGCAUUUAUUUUUAGAAUAACUUUAGUUUUUUACUCAAAUUUUCAUGAUAAAACAUUUAAUGUUCCAUAUACUGAUGUAGAUUAUAAGGUAUUUACCGAUGCUGCGAGACAUAUGGUAGAAGGAUCAUCACCGUUUAAACGAGACACAUAUCGCUAUACACCAUUGUUAGCGCUUAUUUUAACACCUAAUAUUUUUGUAAAUGAAAAUUUUGGGAAAAUCUUAUUUUCCUUUAUCGAUAUUUUGGUAACAAUUUUAAUAAAAAAAAUUGUGGCUCUACAAAAUUGUAAUGAAAAAUUACAACGUAUGUGUGCCUUCACAUGGCUUUAUAAUCCUUUUACAAUUGUAAUUUCAACCAGAGGGAAUGCAGACACUAUGACAGUCCUUUUAAUUAUGCUAACUUUGUAUUUAUAUCUGCAAGAUAAGUUCAUUCUAGCAGGUUUAUUUCAUGCUUUGUCAAUUCAUUUUAGAUUAUACCCUAUAGUGUUUAGUAUACCUAUGUAUCUUUCCCUUCGUGAUAAAAGUUAUGUCAUACCAACCAAAAAUCAGUUAAAACUGGUACUUAGUUGCGUAUCAUUAAUAAUUUUUGUGACAGCUAUAAAUUAUUAUUUCUAUGGUUAUAAAUUUCUUUAUGAAAGUCUCAUCUAUCAUAUAAUACGCAAAGAUCCCAAACAUAACUUUUCCGUUUAUUUUUACAUGCAAUAUUUAUCUGCUAAUCAGCUACCUAACGUAAUUAAAAAAAUGUUCACUUUCUUGCCACAACUGAUACUACUACUAUUAUUGUCAUAUAAAUAUUCAAGCAAGUCUCUCCUGCCAUUUGCAAUGUUCACACAAGCCAUGGUAAUGGUGACGUAUAAUCCAGUACUAACAUCACAAUACUUUUUUUGGUAUUUGUCUCUUUUACCAUUGUGUCUCCCGCGCUUUGGAUUAACCUUACGUAGAUCAUUAUAUUUGUGUUUUGUUUGGGUUCUCAGCCAAAGUUUUUGGUUAUUGGCUGCUUAUUUAUUGGAAUUUCAAGGGUUGAAUACUUUUACGUAUAUUUGGAUUGCUAGCUUAUUUUUUUUCGUUGUCAACGUUAAAAUUUUGAACGACAUUAUCGUGUACUAUAAGUACUAAUUAGAAAUUUAAAAAAAAGACAUUAUUAUUAUCGAAGUUAAAUAUUAAUUAGUAAUAAAAAUAUAUGUUAUCCGUGCAACGUGAAAUGAAGUUUUGUGAAAAUAAAAGAGAAUAAAAUUGAA